CUCUGAGCUGGGGCUGGGGGAGACCGGACUGGACUUCCUGGGCGGCCUGGACUGUGGACUCCGACCCAGCACGUGGCCGCCCUGUCCUUGGCUCCCCUCAGUCCUGUCCCUGUCGCUGCCUCCGCCAUGCUGCCUCCCAGGACUGUGCUUUUCUCGAUGGCAGUUUUGGCUGCUGGCGUCCUGGGUCAGAGGGCUCGGAGGCCCCCCCGGCCCCCGUCCCCCAUCAGCGCCAUCCUGCCCAAGGCCGACUUCGACGCUCAGCAGUUUGCAGGGACGUGGCUCCUGGUAGCCGUGGCUGCCUCGUGUCGCUUCCUGCAGGAGCAGGGCCACCGGGCUGAGGCCACCACGCUGCACGUGGACCCGCAGGACACGUUCAUGGCUGUCAACACCUUCCGAAAGCUGGAUGGCAUCUGCUGGCAGGUGCGGCAGCUCUACAGAAGAACAGAGGCCCCAGGCCGCUUCCGGCUCCAAGCUCGAGGCGCCAGUGGGGAGGUGCUCGUGGCCGUGGGGGAGACGGACUACCGCAGCUUCGCCAUCCUGUACCUGGAGCGGGCGCGGCGGCUGACGGUGAAGCUGUACGCCCGCUCACUCCCUGUGGACGACUCGGUGGUGGACAUGUUUGAGCAGCGGGUCCAGCAGGCCAACCUGACCCAAGACCACGUCCUGUAUUUCCCCAAAUACGGUUUCUGUGAGGCCGCAGACCAGUUCCACGUCCUGGACGAAGUCGGCAGGCGGGGCCCACAGCAGCCUGUCGCUGAGGAGGCGUGAAGACCCCCACGGAGGCUGGCAUCCCCCUGCCCCCACAAGCGGCCCCUCACCCCCAGGUCCCUGGGGCACUGCCCCCAUUAAAUACCACCC